AUGCUAUACUCAGAGUUGUCUCCAGGAGCUCAUACUAACAGCAAAAUGGCUUCCUUUAACGAACUAAUGUCCCUAUACACUUCAUACAGUGAACUCACGCCUUCGUUCACCUCUUCUUUAAACACAUUCCCGCUCGUUGUUUCCGUGUCAUUCACGUUACUGCUAUUGCUGCUUACUUUGUCCUUUUCAGUGGAAUCAAAAUCAGCGAGGAAAUCCAUGUUGAACUUCAUCGAAUACACAGUGCUUAGCGCCCUAACGGCUUUAUCUUUAUCCUUUACUAUUUUAUUUGUAUCUUCUCAUGUUGGCAUAUACACAUAG